UCAAUGAGUGUGAGAAAAGACCUUGUCCUCCUAACGCCUCUUGCAGUAACACAUUGGGAAGCUUUGAAUGUCACUGUUUGCCAGAUUUCUACAUGACUGAAAAUGGACUAUGUAAAGAAGUAUCAGUGUACAGCUGCAGUGUCCAUAUCGUAACAAUGAAUGGCAGUGAAGUUCACUUUGAAAACUUGAGUGAGGACCAGAUUAUUUACAGCACCACUGUUGUGGGCGCUGCGAUGUCCAACUAUGUUGCAUCUCUAGGGCUUCCUUUAUAUGGCCUCAAGGUUACUGUAGUUACUUCGGGCAGUCUACUAGUAAACUUGACUGUUUUCUUCCCAGCCAACCACACAUAUGACACAGAGAACACGACUAAUUUGCUGAUGAGCAACCUGUCUUUUUGGACACAGUUUGAUAUGGAUGUCACAUAUAUCAUAAUUCAGGACCUCGAUGAGUGUUCAGAUCCAGCCCUGAAUGAAUGUUCCGAGUUUGCUGUAUGUGAGAACCUGCCUGGCUCAUACACAUGUCAGUGUCAGCCAGGUUACCUGGACAUAUCCACCUUCAGACCAGGCCGUUUGUGUGCUGCAAUAUCUGAUGAAAAUCAAGACCCUAUCCAUGGUCUGAAAAUCAGCCAAUCGUAUGUUGCCAUUCCUGCUGGUACCAUGGCAACCUGGGUCGUCACUAUGGUGAGAGGGUCACAUGUCACCUACAGGGUGCAGUAUGGGGAUGGGCAGGCCUGGACGCACACAGCUAUGGAGAUGCUUGCAUUUCAACACCCUCUCCAACUGGAACAUAAUUACAUGAUGGCUGGUAACUACACAGUGACCAUCACAGUGACGAACCGAGAGAGUGAAGCCACUGUGUCUACCUACAUCAUAGUUGAGAAGGUGUUGACCUCUCUGACCUUGGAUGUCCUUCACCCUGACCCACUCUACACAGGGGAGGUUCGCUUUGAGGUGCGAUCAUACAGCACUUUCAACAAUUUACAUCUACAGUGGACAUUUGGUGAUGGCGAUCUAACACAUUACGACUUGGAUGAAAUAAGUGAAUAUGUACCGACAUAUGUAGAGCAUUCAUUUCCAGUUGGAAAGUAUGAAGUGAAAGUCAAUGUUUCCAAUGUGAUAAGCUGGAUGUUGUUAGAGCAUGAGAUUACCUCAGAUGAGAAAAUAAGUGGUGUCAGUGUCAUGGUGGGGAAACAAGCCAUAAAACCUGGGGACUACUUGAACCUGUCUGUGAACACUACAACAGGAAGCAGCAUCGUCAUAGAACUAAACUAUGGGAAUGGCAGGCAGGAUGUCAUUGACAAAAACAACAAAGUGAGAGGUUUCACAAACUCAAUGUUCUUCAUUUUGUAUGACAGCCCUGGAAUAUUUUAUUUGAAUAUUACAUUGAGAAAUUCAAUUUCACUCAUUUACAAGUCAGUAGGGCCCAUAUAUGUCGAACACCCCUUGAAGAGAGUGCAGGUUUCCGUUGCCCCGGUAACAGCAUCUCCACCAGGUGUUAUAUCAACUACAGUUGCUUAUAAGGCUGAUUCCUCUCCUCCCACUGCUGUCAUUUGUGAGGCCCUUGUUGCAGACACAUGGACAAAUACUGCUGAUGUGGCACAACUUGAGAAAGACCAUCCUUUAACUGUUGAUGUCAGAAUAGAUGAAUCUUUAUUCGGAUGGGUGGACAUUUUUGUAAAUUGUAGCAACCAUGUUUCUUUUUUGACGUUUGAAACAGGUACCUUUGUACAGGCUGUUGUAACAGAUGUCAAAGUAGAGACUGAUAAAUCAUACUUAGAAGUCGGUGAUGCAUUACAUGUCUCCUUUACCAUUGGUAAAGCGUCUUAUGCUGAGUAUUACUACAAUUUUGGCUUUGGUCAGAAUAAAACUGGACAGUUUCUUUUGGAACUAAUUGAAAACAAAACCAUUCUUGACACUGUUGUUUAUGCUCAUCCAGGGGAAUAUAAACUGGAGUUUUUUGUUUGGAAUGCUGUUUCAAGUCAAAAAGCUUUAAGGACUAUUUGGAUCUUGGAGGAAAUAUCUGGGGUGAAUAUGUCUCGAUUUUACCAGCAAAGUGCCACUGUCGGGGUUUUCAACUUUGGCCAUGGUGACUUGGGCAAUAUAUUUCCAUUACAAAGGCCUGUGAUCUUCAAAAUAAAAACAUCGACAGGGAAUAAAUUACAGUAUAAGUUGGAAUUUAAUGAUGGAAAUACAACUGUCACUUCUGCUUCACAGAUCGAACACAAUUUUCAAUAUGAAGGUAUGUAUACAGUGACCUUGACGGUUUAUAACGAGCUCUAUUCAAGACAACGUUCAGUUGACAUUGAAAUGUAUGAAAUUGUCUACCCCCACAAACUGAAUAAUAAUGGACCAUUGAAAGCCUACACGACCAUGGUCUUUACCCUUUAUAUGAGCUACAAAGGCACAAGGUCCUGCUAUCUCUGGGAUGUCACGGGGAGUCGGACACUUUAUGGAGGAGACUAUUGCCUUGGACAUAUUCAUUCUCAAAAUGGGAUAAAGUUCAUAUCCAGUAGUGUUUCAGAUGGCAUGCACCAUCAGCACAUGUUCACAUCAGAAGGAAUGUUUUCUGUAUCUGUAUUUAUAUUCAAUGAAGUUUCAAGUGCAAACAUUUCAAGCAUUGCAAUUGUACGUGGUGUAAGCUGCUUCUAUCCAAAAGUAAACAUAAUUGGUGGAAAAAACACAGUCAAUUUACCACUGAAAAGGCUUGUUUCAGAAUUGAUUGUCACAAGCAGUACAGCGGUUAUAAAUUGUGAAUCCUCAAAUGCUGCAGUUUAUGAUUGGCAUGUGUAUAAGGUUGUGCCAGGAGAAACAUAUCUGGACUAUUUGCUGAAGCCAUAUAACAUCAGUAUAGCUAAAACUGACAAACUUAAGAUUUACUUCCAACCAAGGUCAUUUGACCCUGGAGUUUAUAAAAUUACGUUAAAUGUUUCCAUGAAAGGCAUCCCUGGCCUAUUCUCAGAUGAUUAUACAUUUCUACAAGUAUCACCAUCACCUUUAGUUGCCGCAAUCAAAGGUGGCAGUGCUCGAUCAGUUAGUUACAGUAAAGUUAUCAAAAUAGAUGGAAUGUCAAUGUCUUCUGAUCCAGAUAAUCCAGUAGGCUCCAAAGCACAUUUACAAUAUGAAUGGUGGUGCAGACAGGAGCAUGAACAAUUUGAUGAAACUUCUCCUAUUACAAUCUAUAUACCUUCAAUUGAAGAGCGAAAGAACUCUUCCGAUGAUUCAUUAGGAGGUUGCUUUGGUACUGGUGUAGGAAAGAUUAAUGUUACAUCAGGGAGUUUUGAAAUAUCUACACUGCUGCUGAACCCAACAUCUGUGAAUGUGUUCAGACUUGUAGUAAUUGAUAAAGAAAGGAGAAGUAUGUUUGAACAACAUGUCCAUGUGGUGGAAGGCGACCCUCCUCAAGUCUUAAUCAGGUGCAUGGUGAAUUGUAAGGUGAAGAUGAACCCAUCGAGUGAGUUUAGCCUGCUGGCUGUGUGUGAGACAUGUCACUACUGGGACACCAUAGAUUUCCACUGGUCACUGUACUUACAUGAUCACCAUGACAAUGUGUUAAAACAUGACCUUGAAAACAUUACCUCCACAGACCUGGUGAGUGCUGGUCUAGCCCUGGUUGGGGGGGUGCUUAAAGGGGGCCGCAGGUACCAUCUCCGUCUAGAUGUUAAAGUGCAUGGCUACACUGCAACAUUUACUGAGUACGCCUUCAUCACUAACCUGCCACCCUACGGGGGAAACUGCUCCAUAGAACCUCUCUCAGGUUAUGCCCUGAGCACAGUGUUUGAGAUCUCAUGUCGUGGUUGGUUGAACCCUGGGGAGGAGCAGUUCAGGGGGGAGGGGCUGCUGUACCAAUUCUGGACACGAGUGAGAGGGGGCUCUGAUACCCAGCUCCUCUACUAUGGCACAGACCCCUUCACAGCACCCUCCAAGUUUCCGCUUGGAAGAAAGGAAAUGGAGUAUGCACAUGACAUUGUUGUCCGAAUCUCAAAUGCUAUUGGAGAAUAUGUGGAGACUACUCUUGAAUCAAAGGUACUACCGAAGCCACAGCAUGAUCUUGCAGAAGUGCGUUCCCUGGCAGAGGACAGGUCUGGCCCUCUGUUCACGAUGAAAGAAGCUGGACAGGACCAAGAAUACAAACAGCUCAUAGUUGCCAUGGCAUCUGUCCUCAACAACAAGGACUCUGGUGAAGACAUCCCAUCUGUAGUAACCAGUACCAGUGAGACUCCCAACAUUGAUGUAGAUGACAAUGAAGACGCAGUUGAGACACAAGGCCUAGAAGAUGUUGAAAAGCAAAAGAACAUUGUGAUCCGUUCCACAAUUGUCGAGCACCUGUCGGGCACUGACCAUGUGACUUUGGAUGCCCUUCAACAGACUGCUCUGUGUUUCAAGGUCAUUACUGUACAGACAGACGAACUGACAGCUGAUACACAGUCCCAAGCAAUGACAGCUAUAACAAAGAUGUCAGGGGAGUUUGAAACCAUCAUGUCUGAGCCAUCCAAGCUGCAGUCCACAGACCAGGUCAUCCUUGCUGCCAAAGAGAUGCUAUCAAGUGUGGGAAAUGUGAUGCUGGCUGCUCGGCAUUCUGCCUCCAGUACACUGGAAACCAUGGCGGUGGAUACAGAGCUCAUAUCGGAGGUUACAGCUGCAGAUGGAACAGAGGCUGGACAAGAGCAGCUGGAGCAACAGGAGCAGGCUACUGCAAACUCUGAUGUCUUAAGCAAGGCGAAGAAGGUGAUAACUGCGGUGUUUGCAGUAAAAGACCGUAUAGUGGAGACGCUGGUGAAGACACAGACACCUGGCCAGGAGCUCGACCUGUACACCGACGCAUUCACCAUACUCACUCGCAGGCAAGAGAUCAACAAGAUAGGAGAAGGCAAUAUGGAGACAAGUUCUGGGAAGUUUGUGUUGCCAAGAGCUGAUGUCCUGCUACCCAAUGAUUCACUCUCAGAUCCCUAUGUAGAUGUGAAUUUAGUGGAGUUUCCCAUGAACCCAUACCUUUGGAGUCACAGUGCCCAGUUCAUCCACUCCCCAGUAGUCAGUCUAAAUCUUGUGGACAGCAGUGGACAUGACAUUCCUGUGGUCAACCUCUCACACAGCAUACAACUGGACAUCACACUGGACCCUGCCCAGAUCUCUACCCACCAUGUAGAGGCAUACUUGGAAGACCGUUCAGACAUGGAUGUGCACAGUUUCUGGGUGAACUCGAACACCAGCAGUAUUCACAUAAUUGUGUUGCCAGAAAACACCAGCGUCCCACUGGAGGUGUUCGUACAACAUGGUGAAAAUCCUACCGCUUUGAAAUAUUUGCAGCAUGAGACUCUACCCAAAUCAGUGGACAAUAUAGAAGGUGUGACAGAUUUACCCGAGGCGAUCAAGUUGGAAUUGAGGUACACGCUUACUGUGACAGCAGACCUCAUACAGCUACAUGGGACAGGCUGGUGGUAUGUGGCCAUCAGAAAUUAUGAUGAAAAUGCCUUUGAACCCAACAGUUAUGAGGACCUGUCUGUAUACUAUGACAAUGACCUUGAGCAAGGAGUGACCAUCACUUAUGACCUUCAGCUCGUGACCUCAGGAUGUUAUUACUGGAACGUAAAAGCUGACUCAUGGACAAGCGACGGAUGUGUGACGAGCCAGUUGUCAAACACCAACUUCACACGCUGUCUAUGUAACCACCUGACAUCAUUCGGCUCAGAGUUCUAUGUACCACCUAACCAUAUCAACUUUGAGCGUGUGUUCAGCACAAUGGAAUCAGAUCUCCGUGACAACCAUGCGGUGCUAGCCCUGCUGUGUACCGUCACAGUGCUGUACGUGGUCGGUGUUGUGUGGGCUUGGAGACAGGAUAAGAAGGACAUACAAAAGUGGGGAGUGUUGCCCUUGGUUGACAAUAUUGUGAGUGACAGCUACUUCUAUGAGAUGACUGUGUACACAGGGAUGCGGCAGGGGGCAGGAACAGCCUCUAAUAUCAGCUUCGUGCUGGCAGGGGACCACAUUGACACAGGUGUUAGACAGCUUCGGGAUGAGAAGCGUUUAAAGGAGUUCAACCGAGGGAGCAUUAAUAAUUUUGUGUUGAGUGCAGACGAGCAGCUGGGUUCCCUUGUGUUCCUGAGAGUUUGGCACGAUAACUCAGGUGCUGGGAGUCGCCAGGGAUGGUACCUCAGCAGGGUCGUUGUACGAGAACUCUUCGGACAUGAAAAUGUGUAUGUGUUCCUGUGUAACAGGUGGCUGGCAGUGGAAGAGGAUGAUGGAAUGGUGGACCGUCUGCUUCCCGUUGCCGCUCAUGAGGACAUCGCUUCCUUUGGCAACAUCUUCUACUCCGAUACGCGAAAAAGACUCACAGACUCGCACCUGUGGAUAUCAGUGUUUGCUAGGCCUAACAGGAGUAAUUUUACACGAGUCCAGAGGGUUUCUUGCCUCUUCUCACUUCUCAUGAUGUCUAUGUUGGCCAGUGCCAUGUUCUAUCGCGCUGAAGACAAUUUACGGAAUGCUCAGGGGUACACACUUGGACCUUUUAAGUUUACUCUUCAAGAAAUAUACACUAGUGUAGUAACAAGUAUUCUCGUGUUCCCAGUCACCAUAUUGAUAGAUCAGUUUUUUCGCAGAAGCAAACCAAAGGAAAGACAAAAAGAGCAGGCAUUUCGUCCUCAUAGACCAGCAUCAAGUUUCACACAGAACUUUUACAAUAUAUUUAGACCUCAAACACGAACUCAAGUAUCUCCUAUCUCUGAAAAUGUAUCCAGUCCAAAGCAUAGAUCAUACAGGCCAAGUAAAAAAGUUUCCGUUACAUUUCAAGACGUUGCUUCUGAAGAAUCCCCUCCAUGCACUCCUAGCAAUCUAGACUUGCUGACCCCUACAGAAACCCCUGCCCCAGCUGUUUUUGUAUCCAGCAAGAACAAUGCCUCACCACCCUCUGUACCUGUGGCCCGGCACCACCACACUCCAGCCCCACCCCUCCACCUCAAUACUGCAAAUGAAACUUCUCAAGCAUGGAGGUUUAAACAAAAUGUGGAAUUACAUUCAAAUGAAGAACAAGAAAAAUUGCCAUUUAAAUUACCACAAAGACAUUUAACUCCAAGGCGUUCAAUGUCCUUCACCAAUUCACCAGCCAUCUCACCGAGGGCUGAGCCCAGGUCACCAACUGAAUCCAUAUUUUCCUUUGACUCUGUUUCACCCGAGAUAGAAGACAUUACCAUGAAAAACAACCCUGCAAGGGGGACAACUGCAAGGCAAGGGAAGCUACUCCUACCCCACUGGUGUGUGUACAUUGCCUGGACUAUGGUGUUUCUGACAUCCUCUAUAUCUGCUGGAAUAACAUUUCUGUACAGUAUCGAGUGGGGGAAAGAAAAGUCUCUUGCCUGGCUUACCUCCAUGCUCCUGACCAUCGUGGAAUCUGUCUCGAUUAUACAGCCGGCUAAGAUCCUGUUGGUUGGUAUAUUUGUGGCCGCAAUAUUACGUAAGACAGAGGAGGUAUCUGCAACGGAAGAGAUCUCUGACCUACCUGACCUUCACCCCAGGGACAUCAGCAGGACAGCCACACCCACAAGGACAAAAAGGUUGAGUCUAAAAGUUGAACCUCCAAAUGAGAAGAAGCUUGCGGCCGUGAGAAGCAAGCGUUUAAAUGAGUUGAAGAUGUUCCGAGUGGUCCAGGAGAUUGGCUUUUACAUGAUGUACCUGGUCAUCUUGAUUCUAGUUGCCUCCCACAACAGGGACCACAACUCAUACAGGUCCAAGGAGACACUGCUAAGCAUGAUCUCACCAAAGAAGAAUCUCUCUAGGGUGCAUGACAUUGGUGACCUUUGGGAUUGGGUGGACACAUUGUUGGUUCCAGCCCUUUACCCUGCCCAAGACUGGAAUGGGGCCACCCUAGUACCAGGGUCAAGACUGAUUGCCACACAGGCUGCAUACAGGAUUGGGCCCCUCAGGCUGCGACAACACAGAGUGGAAAAAGAUACAUGCAACAGAGCACACCAGAUGAUUCCUUAUAUAGAGGCUUGCAGCUUUGACCUGUCUGAAGGUCAUGACAGUACAAGGUCAUAUAGUGAGGGAUGGGGACCAGUGACAAAUCAGUCUGUGGCGGAUCACAUGACUGCAAGUCACUGGGUCUACAAGUCUACAAUGGAGCUGAAUGGGGUACCAUAUGCUGGUCAGCUGGGUAUUUACAAUGGUGGAGGCUAUGUGGCUGAUCUUAUUGGUCCUCGUAGUCAUGUGACCAACAUGGUUGCUACUUUGAAAAUGAAUAACUGGAUUGACAGGUACACAAGACUGGUGAUGCUAGAGUUUACAACCUAUAACCCGAACACCAACUUAUUCACUGUGGGUCAAGUGUCAUUUGAACUACCAACAACAGGGCUUAUUCUUUCACAGGCGCAAAUCUACACAUUCAGACUCUUUUCAUACCUUGGGGGAUACGGCAUUUUUGUCAUCAUCAGUGAGUUAUGCGCUUUUGCUUGUGUCGUCUAUUUCAUAGCUUUGGAGUUGAAGCAGAUCAGGACGGAUGGGAGAAAACAUUUUCGUAGCUUCUGGAAUAUGAUGCAGUUUUUGACAUUACUCAUCUCAGUCAUAUGUGUGGUCAUGUACUUGCUGAGACAUGCCAUGACAGCCAUUGCAGUGGAAAGUGUCACAAAACUAAAAGACAAGUUCUACAACUUCCAGCGUAUAUCAUCGUGGGAUGAAUUAUUUCAGACGCUGCUCGCUGUUGCCAUUUUCUCCUCCAUUCUGAAGCUGAUUCACAUUCUCCGCUUCAAUCGCCGCAUGUCCAUGCUUGCUGGCACCCUGAAGCUCGCCGCAAAGGAACUGUCCGCAUUCACCCUCAUACUGGCCAUUUUGCUGUUUGCGUUUGUUGCAUGUGGACAUUUUCUCUUCGGCUCCACCACUGGUGGAUUUAAGAACAUCAUUCAGGGAUUUGAGACUCUCCUUUCCUUUUCCCUAGGCUCUUUCAACUUUCAAAACAUCAUAGAUACUCACCGUGUUUUCGGACCAAUAUACUUCUUCCUGUUUUUCAUGUUUGUUAUGUUUGUGCUUCUGAAUAUGUUUGUUACUAUCCUUAAUGAAGCUUUUUCCAUGGUUCACCGGGAUGUGACCCAACAGAAAAAUGAGUACGAAAUUCUGGAAUUCCUGUGGGGACAUUUAAAGACCUGGGUUGGCUUUGAUCUUGACAAAGUCCUGGCAGAGGUUAAACACAAGUUCAAAAAAGAUUCAAACAAGAUGGCUCGGAAUGCUGAUAAGUACACAAUGUCUGAUGUUGACAACAGGCUUGACCUGCUGCUUGCUUCCCUUGACCACAUGUGGAUCGGACCUAACUCAACCGGGGAGCAGCCUGUGGGAACUUCUCAGACUGGGGCAGGCGAGGGCUACACCGGCACGGAGCUGGGUAACAGGGUGCAGUACUGGGAUCUCACUGGGGACACUGAUGAGGAUGGUUGGAAUUGUGAAACUCCAUAUGGCUUUUAUUCUGAAUAUGAAGGUGGAGAGAUUGUUUACGGCUUUGGUGAUGAAACUGAUGGUUAUAGAUCAUCUAGUCCCAGUUAUGUGUAAAAUAUGAUAAUGAUACGGACACUACAUACUGAUUAUGUAUAACUAUUCAGAAUUUUGAGAGGGAUUGCACCUUGGAUUGGAAAACAAAUAUUAAGCAUUGAUACAGAUCUAUAGAUGAUAAAGUGCCUUGUUUAAACAUAUGAUAAUUUGGAAUCUAUACCAUCAUGUAAUAAUGAUUUUUGAACGAAAAUGAUAACCAUUACAUUUAUUUACCAGUUGUCAGUGUUCCAUCAUAACUUCAAGAAGUAGAACUUGGACCUAUUGAAGUAAAAUUACUGAAUUCAUUGAAUAUAAAAUUAAUGUGAAAUGAUUUCCUUUUAAAAUUAGGUUCAAUAUGAAAUGACUUGUAUGUCAAAGAUGGCAUCAAAUAAAG